AUGUCCGACCCUCCCCCCUCUCUCGACUCGCUCCCCCCACACGCCAUCGAAGCUAUCGCCGGAUGCUUGGACGAACGGGGCGUCUACGCGCUGAUGGCGACUUCGCGGUACCUGCGAGAGGAAGCGGAGCCGGCGUUGAAGGCGUACUUUACAGAGAAGAGGGUCGUCGCUGAGCCUGCGUUGGCACCAGAUGUCUUCACCCUCAUUGACCCUAUAUUGGCUUGGACCGGCCAAGCUCGGGACACGCGUCUUCAAGAGAAGAGCGACAUCCUCGACGCGCAGAUCACCCACUUUCCCUCCUCCGCUAUUGCCCUUCGCAAGCUCACCAUCGAGCUCGCCGACAAUCACGCCGCACGCGCGUGGGAACACCUCCAUCGUUUCGCCGAGCAGCUUCACCACCUCGAGCUGCACGUGCGCGACACAUACUUUGAUCACUCGGUCCAAUAUGGCGGGGACGACUCGGUCGCCAGGUUUGGCUACCUUGGCACGCCCGAGUGCUGGGAUGAUUGCCUCACGGAGACUUUCGCCAACCUCACCCGCCUGACCAUGAUCUGCUCUGGGAGAGGAGCCGAGCACUUCGCGCGUCUCGCUCCCCUUCUUCCGCAGCUCCAGGAGCUCUCCCUCUCCUCUCACUUUCGCGGUCCGGAAGAUAUGGACCAGCCGGAGCUCAUCACCCACGCCGCUCCAUUCCCCUCCCUCGCGCGUCUCACGCUGGCCGGACACGCCGAGUUUGUCAUCGACGUACUACGCGAAAUCCUCCCUCACGCCCCUAUAACCCACCUCAUCCUGCACAUCUCCGAGCGCAUCUCCACUUCUACCCUCUCGGUCUCGCCCUUCCGCUCCAUCCAACCUCUUCUUGAGCUCAUCAAUGACGACGGGCGCGAGCUGGAAGGUCUGGCGCUGUAUGGCUGGAGCUCGUACGAUUUCUCCAGGUGUUUGCGGGCGGUACAGGAUGGGGAGAAUGGGUGGAAUGGGGCGUUUCAGCGGCUAAGCAGGUUGAUUCUGGGGCGGGACGAAGAUAAGCGGGUGUUUCAUCUGCUGGAUGAUAAAUUGGGCGUAUCGCCGAGUUUACCAUCUCUCCGUCGUCUCGCCUGGAUCGACCGGCCUGUCGUCAACCUCUUUCCUCGUCGUCGCACCUCGGGUGAGUCCCCUCCUGCCCCUAAGCUAUACGAAGACGACCAGCUCCGUGCUUUGUUCGAGCGGUAUCCCAUCUCGCAUGCGCAAUGGCUCGACUCGUACCCCUCCGACCCCUUCCGGAAUGAGCAUACCACCGCAAAAGGCGCGACCUCGGCCAAGCACAUCAAGUGCACGGUGUACCGUCAGAAUGGGGAUGCCCCACUUCGCGCCUUCCGUCCCGCCCCACCCAUUCCCAGUCCGGCGACACUGCCCCUAUCGCCCAAGCCGGAUGCGGGUCAGAACCGGAACACCGCGAGCUCUGGUGAAGGCCUCCCGCCCAAGCCAGAAGCGUAUCGACCCAGACUGCCCGCUGUUCCUGGAUCAGCACCCCCGAUCUCGCCCCAGUCGGACAAUAGCUGGUCGGAUAGGACCCCUAGGGGAUGGAGUCCGAGGGGAGGAAGUCUGCGGGGCGGGAGCACACGGGGAGGCAGUCCGAGGGGAGGGAGCCCGAGCGGAUGGAGUCCGAGGGGAGGGAGUCAGAGUGGAUGGAGUCCGAGGGGAGGGAGCCAGAGUGGAUGGAGUCCGAGCGGAGGGAGCCCGCGUGGAGGGAGCGAUGUGGGUCCGGCCGACCCGCAUCUCCGGCCCAGGCUGGACAUAGCCAACCUCGCUAGAAGAGGUCUACCUCUCAAGGCGGAAGCGUAUCAGCCCAGACAGCCCAGACAGCCCUCCAUCCCCGGGUCGGCACCGCCGCUCUCGCCCGAAUCGGAUUACUGCUGGUCGGAUAGGAGUCCGAGGGGCGGUAGUCCGCGUGGAGGAGGCGAUAUGGGUAUGGGGAGUAGCAGGGGAAAGAGCAGGUACAAUCUUUGGGUGCCUUGA